GGGGAAAACGGCGCGGCCCGAGGUGUGGGGGCCGAGGUGGGGGACAAGGCCGCCAAGGGGCCCUUGUACAGCAACGUGCUGACACCCGACAAGAUCCCCGACUUCUUCAUCCCCCCCAAGCUGCCCGCGGGCCCCGCAGAGGCCGAGGCGCAGGCCGAGCUGGGCCCGUCCCCGUCGGAACAGAACCUGGCCUCGGCCGCAGCCCGCCGGGGUCCCCGGAGCCCCCGGCUGCCCACCAGGCUGGCGGCCGAGAGCAAGAGCCUGCUGAAGGCCGCCACCCGGCACGUGAUCCAGGUCGAGAGCGCCGAGGACUGGCCGUCCGAAGAGGCCACCAACGCAGACCCGCAGGCCCAGGGCGCCAUGUCCCUGCCCUCGGUGCCCAAGGCCCACACGUCCUACGGCUUCGCCACGCUGGCCGAGAGCCCCCACACGCGACGCAAGGAGUCCCUGUUCCACAGUGAGCACGGGGCCCUGGCCCAGGUGGGCUCCCCGGGGGCCCUGCGCCGCCGGGCAGGUGACAGGGCCAAUGGGGGCGACGGGGGGGCCCGGGAAGCUGGCGGGGCCCUCAUGAGCCCCGGCCGCUGCUUCAGCGGGGGGGAGAGCGACACGGGCUCCUCGGCCGAGUCCUCCCCGUUCGGGUCCCCACUGCUGUCCCGCUCGGUGUCCCUGCUCAAAGGCUUCGCCCUGGACGGCCAGGCCAAGGUGAACCAGCUCAAGCACUCGGUGGGCCGCCACGGAUCCCUGUCGGCCGACGACAGCACCCCAGACACCAGCCCC